ACGAAAAGAUUGCGGAAGAAAUUGCACUAAAAUAAAAAGCGAAAAUAUUUAAAUAAUUAUUAUUUGGUUUAGUGAAACAAUUAAAUUUAAACUGUUUAUUAUAAAAUUUACAUAAAUGAGUGCACAAGUUAAACAAUAUAGAAGUGAUAUAAAUUUAAACAGUCAUUUAUAAAUAUAAAAAUUGCAUAUUUUUGGAGUGAUUGAAAAUAAACAAUUGUAUAAUUUUUGUGGAGAAAAAAAGGCGCGCGGUAUAAGUAACAAAUAAAUGUAAAUAAAAUACUAAUUGAAUUGCUUGCAUAUUGAAUAGAAAAUGAGAAUUAUUUUAUAUGUAAAGGCUACACAAACAUCGACACAAUAAUUUUCUGAGACGUAAACAAAAUUGUUCGCCUUUCAUAGCAUUUGGAAAAGAAAAUAAUAUAGAAUUUUUGUUUGAAAACUAAAACAAAAAAAUCAAGAAAACAACAUGGAUAUGCGCAGCUGGAAAAAAGUACUGUUGCAAUGGAUCACGGAAUGUGGUUUUAUGGAUCGUAAUUAUUUCAAUAUCGAACAAUCAGAUAUUGAUGUCUUCUAUCAAAAUUUUAGUUUACAACAUCAAAAGACAGCCACUGACAAAUAUAAACGUUUGGGUAUAUUUCUAAAAGAAUUUUACCCCAGCUUUGAAAUCAAUUUUGAUGAUGAAAACUGCGUAAGUUCAGCUGAAUACAUUUAUGUUUAUUCCCUGUUGCUGCACUUUUGUUGUGUCAAACAUCCGGAGACUUUGUUUCAUGAGAUAUGUCAACGUUUACCCGACUAUGCCCAACAAUGUAUUGCCUCAUUUUUCAAGGAACUCUUGGACACCGAACCUCUAACAAAGGAGGCUUUGCGUCAUGCCAUAGCCGAGGUGGCCAAUUCACAAUGUUCACCGCCCAGACUAAAUGAUUCAUUUUCGAGUAGUAUAACUAGUGUCAGUGUUGGUGGCUUAAGUUCAGCCUCCUUUCCUCGCUGUGAAUCUCCAUUGAAAACACCAAAACGUAGCGCCGGACCGCAACGCGUUUCACCUUCAACCCCCAAAUCUUUUUUGCUCGAAGAGCGCACCAGAGAAUUGUAUAAUUUAAGGGCCCUACUUGAAACGGAACGUUAUGAGAAGGGACUUUUAGAAGUACAAAUCAAACAAAAUGAGGAUAAAAUCCAAAAAUUAAAUCAUGAUCAUAAAAGACUGCUUCAGCAAAUCCAAGAUUUGAAAAAUGACAUUUUAGUAAAAACCACUGAUGGUUCUACGAAUCGUGAUGGUGAAGAAAAUCAGAUUCAGAAACGCAUACUCAAAGAAUUGUCCAAAAAAGAACAGGAGAUAAUUAAAUUAUCGGACAUUGUAAGGACUCUGCGCGAAGAAAAGUCCUUGGUGGAAGAAAAACUAAAUUAUGCAGAAAAACAAAUUGUUAUAUGCAUGAAUCGCAUCAAGGAAUUAGAUUUCAAAGUUGAUGAAUUGAAGGACGAACUAGAUAAAAAGGAUGACCACAUUAAAUAUCUCACCGACAGCAAAAUGGAAUUGGAACAAUUCAUAUCGGAUACACGUUCUUCCACCGGAGAACAUAAUGAUCUUAAUGCCUCCGUAGAUUGUAUGGAUAGUUCAUUUCUGCGCAAUAGCAACAACACAAAUGGUUCAAAUAGCCUUAAUAGUCCUGAAAAUCUGGGGGCCUCGGUGGUGGAUGUUCAGUUGAGAGAAAAAGAACAUGAAAAUCAACUGCUCAAAGAAGAAUUGCAUAAUGUUAAACGCGAACACAAACGUUUGGCUAAACAUUUGACAAAAUUGACACAAGAAUUUGAUUUACCCUUAGAUGCUUCAUCACCCGCUAACUCAGAAGAUUCUGAAGCAGAAAAUGAAGAGGAAUUGAUAGAGUCAGGCGAAGAGAGUUCUGCAGAGGCGGUCAUAAGUUGCGAAGAACAAUUUAAUAUUUUCAAUAGUUGUAUGGAGAAAAUUGAUAAAUUCCACAAGACUGAAAAAAACAAAAUCAAACAAUUGGAACAGGAGUCUAAUAAUCUGCAAGUAGAAAAUGAGGAUUUAGCUAAACAGCUGAGCGAAUUAAGGGAAGAAGUUAAUGAUAUUAAAGAAAAACUUGUAGCUAAAGAGAAAUCGCAUCAAGAACUGGAAAAAUCAAAAGAACAAGUAGAUAUCAAGCUAGAAGAAUCUCAAAACCAUUUAAAGCAGGUUGAAAAUCAAAAGGAUAAAUUGUAUAAAGAGGUACAAUCAUUACAACAAGAUAAAGAGAAUUUAAGCGAAAAUAUAGUUGAACUAAAAACCCAAUUAGAAUUACAACAAACGGAGUGUAAGGAAUUAUUAGCAAAUAUUACACAGCACAAUGAAAACGAACAAAGUUUGCAAACACAAUUGCAGGAAGUGCAAAAAGAAUUCUCUGAGAAGACUCGUCAAUGGGAGGAAGAGCUUAGACAUUUGAGCGAAAAAAUGUGCAAACAAAUUGAGGAUAUUGAAACUUACAAACAAACUGAACAAACCAUUAAAUGUAAUUACGAACAAAUGCUGGUAGAAAAUGAGCAACUUAAAAAGGAAGCCAGACAGAAUAAUAACCAUUUAAAUGACAUGAGAAAUGAGUUGAAAGAAAAGGAAAAUCAAUUGACUUUAUUGGGUAAAGAAAUCUCAGAGUUUGGACAUAAAAAUGAAACUUUAGAACAAAACAUCAAUAGAUUAAUGGAAGAGCAAAGGCAAGAAAAGUUAACAAGCAAUACCACACAAACAGAACUAGAUGAACAAACAAGAAAACUUAAAGAUCAGCUAAUUAAGACGGAAUUGUUAAGGGACUCCAAACAGCAUGAGUGUGAUUUAAAGCAGCAAAAACUAGAAGAUUUGGAAAAUAAACUGGCAGCUUUGGUAAAACUUUUCAACGAUAGUGCAGUAAAACAAGACAUUUUCGAGAAUAUAAACGAAAUGGAAAGUCAAGUAAAGGAGAUGUUAAAGAAUAAUGAGGAAUUGCAGGGUAAAGUACUUAGCCUACAAGAAAUUCAUACAGAAAAUUCUACAAAAAUGCAAGAACUUAGCCGGGACUUACAAGAAAAAUGCGAAACUUUAGCAAAAGCCCAGGAAGAUCUCUUGAAGCUAAAAGCAGAAGAUUUAGAAAGUGAACAAGAAUUGCAGCGUAAAGUACUUAGUCUACAAGAAACUCAUGCAGAGGCCUGUACCAAAAUACAGGAACUUAGCCAAGAUUUACAAGAAAAAUCUGAAACAUUAGCAAAGGCUCAAGAAGAUAUCUUAAAGCUAAAAGCAGACAAUUUAGAUAGUGAAAAUAAAAUUGCACAAUUACAGCAAGAAAAACAAACUGUCUUAGAAAAAUGUCAACAAGAUUUGCAAGAAAAAGAUCAAGAACUGCAAGAAUGCUUGAGAGAAGCUUCAGCCGAAUAUGAGGCCUCUAUGGAACGCAUUGGCGUUGAAUUGAAAUUGGAAAAGGAGCAUCAUAACAACAAAGAAAUGGAAUUAAUAUUAACAGCAGCAGAACAUAAUGAGGCCAAAAAGAAACUAAAUGAGGCACAUCAAGAACUGCUUAAACUUCAAACAGAAAAUCAAAAUCUUAAACAAAACUGUGAACGUCUUAAACAAUUUGAAAUCAAAGUGGUCGCAUGUUCGCAGGAAAAUGAUAAACUAAGACAUGAUAUAGAAACCUUUAAACAGGAAGUCACACAAAAUGCUUUAAGGCUGUUGGAAGCCGACAAAGCUUUAGCGGAAUUUAUGGAAUUAACCAAAGAGCAGGAUACAGCCAAGAGCGAAGUAGAAUUGUUGAAAACCAAUCUCAUAGAAAAGGAAAAGGCCCUUAAGGAAAUGGAACUGUCAUUGAAACAACAAUCCUGUUAUGAAGAACAACUGGAACAGUUAAAACAACAGCUGGAUGAACAAAACGAGUUAGUGAUUAACGUGCAAGAGCAAUUGGAACAACUGGCCAAAGAUAAAGAACGUCUGGCCAAGGAAGCCGAAGAGAAGGCUGAACAAAUUUUGAAAGAACAGCAAGAUAAACUCAUGUUACUCAACUCCUUAGAAAAGUCCACAGAUCAAUUGAAAUUGUCGAAUGAACAAAAGCAGCAACAGGCGGCUAAUCUAGAACAAAAGUUGCGAGAACUCAAAGAACAGUUUGAUAUUGUGACUUUGCAAAAUACUAAACUGCAAGGAGAUUUGGUAGAACGUGAGGGAGAACUAAGUUUAGCACUCAAUGAGCAACAGCAAGAGAAAGAAGAUUUUGAACAAAAACUCAAAUUAAAAUUAGAAAUAUUGUCCCAAAAAUCUGAUCACUUGCAAGCCAUGGAUAUAGCUAUAAUGGAAAUAGUGGCCAUUAUGGAAAAUAAUUUCAAUUUGAGUCAAGAAUUGCUGCAAAAUGAUGACCAGAAUGUGUUCAAUUUCAACCAGGCAGAGAGCGAAGAAAAUAACAUACAAAAGUUAAGAAAGCAUUUAAAUAUUAUCUUAGCUAAACAACAGCAAUUAAAUGAGCAACUCAAAGAGGUUUCUCAACAAAAAGAAGAGGCCAAUGUUGCUGUGACCACUUUGAGAGACAGCAACAAUGAUUUGCUAACAAAAUUAAGUCAACAAGAUAAAACUCUCAAGGAAUUAAAAGAUCAACUAGAAAACGAAGAGCUAAUUAUGGAGAAACGAGUUUUCCAUGAGGUCAAACGUUUAGAGGGGGAUCUUUUAAAUCUGGAAAUGGUCAAUGAACGUUUGGCCAAUGAAAAUGUUAAGAUGCAAGUUACCUUGGGCAAUAUGGAGCAAGAAUUCAAAGACUCCAAACUUAAAAAUGAGGCCUUAGAAGAAGACUCUCUUAAACUUAAAGAAGAAGUGCGCUGUAAAUCUUUGCUGUUAGAAAAACUGCAGCAAGAAGACAAAAAGCUGCAGCAAACACUCAAAGAAAAGUCACAGCUUUCUGAAAAGUUACUGGAGAAAUCUAAACACUUGGAACUGCAACUCAAAGACAAGGUAUCGAAAUUACAAAACCUGGAGAAAGAACAUAACGAAUUAAAAGAAAAAGCCAAUAAAAAUCAGCAAAAACUCGCGCAUUAUCAGCAGACUCAACAAAAUCAUUUGGCCGAACACAAGAAGGUGCAAGAAAAACUUAAACAAAUGCAAACCGCCAAUGAAUCUCUGGAAAUGGAUGCUGGCACAAAGAACAAGGAGCUUUUAUCUCUUAAAAAUACCAAUUCGGAACUUUUGCAGCAAAACAAAGACCUAGAACAACAGCUCAAUAUGACCUCCAACAAGUUAGAUGAAAUGUUAACCAAUAAACUUAAUGCUGAAACGAAAUGUGAGCAGUUGCAAUCCGAACUACAGCAGCUCAAACGUGAUUUGGAAUUCAUCAAGUCUCAGCAACAAACCCAGCAAGAAGACUACAGCCGUUUAACACAAGAAAUCGAUUCAUUGAAAGUAGAUAAACAACAUCUCAGAGAUGAAGUCCAUGAAAACAAACUCACCCUACAAAGAUCCAAUGAUAAUGUUACCCAGCUCAUACAACAAAUUUCCUCUAUACGUCUGGAAAAAGAAGCCGCUCUAGAAGAAAAUCUUUUGCUGCGCAAACAACUAGAGGAAACGGGUAAAAAUCAAAGCUCUUCCGAAACCAAAAUGAAAACGAUUAUGGAAAGAUCUCAAGAUUUUGAAAGAAAACUUUUGAGCGCCGAAAAUGAACUGAAAUCUCUAAAGGUUCAUUUGGAUAAAAGUGAAACCAGCUCGCAAAAAUUGCAGGCAGAAAAUAAAAAACUGCGAGACACUCAAGAAAUCUCCACUAAACGUAUAGAGAAAAUGGCUUUAAAACUGGGAGACUCCCAGGCUAAAAGUGUUAAACUUGAGAGAGACAAUGAAAAACUAAGCCGGACAUUGGAAGCUCAUGCCACCACAGUAGAAGCUUUGCAAAAGGAAAAAGAUCUACUGCAAGCCGAGGCCAAAUCUCUUAAAGAGCGCUUGUCAAGAGCUGAAAGAGGUCACGAACAACUGGCUGCCAAAGUACAAAAUCUAGAACACCUUAAUACCAGCCUACAGCAAAUCAAACAAAAACUAGAAGCCUCUGAAAUAGAUGGCAAAACAAAAUUAAAUAAAUUGGAAAAACUACGUGAUUUGAAUGAGGAAAAAAUACGAAAACUAACCAAUUCGCUCAAUAAUGCUGAGAAUGCCAAUGUCAAACUGAAUUUGGAAAUAGGAGCUCUUAAUUCCCAGCUGCAAGAAGCCAAGGUGGAACAUAAUCAAGAACAAUCGCAACAACUAGAGUUAUUGAAUCAGCAAUUAUUGGAGGCCCAAGAAUCAAACCAGAAAUACCAAGAAUUACAAGAUAAACUUAAAAUAGAACUAUCCUCCCUAAAAGAAGAAAAUACCGCACUCAACGAUCAACUUUCUAAAGCUUCGCUGUCUCUACAAAUAACCUCACAGAAAUGUGAAAGAUUUGCCUCAGAAAUCGAACAAAUACGUGCCGAUAUGCUUAUCAUGCGUCAAGAAAAAUCCCAAAUUGAACUGCAACAUGAAACCUCCAUACAAAAACUCAAUCAAUUUGAAUCGCAAAAUACCAAAUUGGUAUAUGAACGCAAGAAUCUAAUCAAAUCUCUAGAGCAGAAAAUAGCCCAUCUGGAAGAAGAAUUGGCUGCCAAAUCUAAAGAUGUUGUUGAUUUGCAAAAGGAAAUUGACAUACUCAGAGAAAACUCGGCAUCACAUGCCUCCCUUUUGCACCAAAACACUGCAUCCAAUUUAUCCGAAUUGGAUGAUUUACGCACAAAACUUUCGCUGGCCGAAGAGAUACGUAUCAAAGAAACACAAAUCAUUUCACAAUUACGUUUGGAUAAUCAAAUUUUACACACCAAAUACCAGGAGUCCAAACAGCGUGCCCUAGAUGCCAACCAAUCGAGCGAGGAGCGCAUUAAGGAGAAUCGUUUGGAACUGGAGGGUAAAUUGGAGAAGAUGAAAAUUAAAAUGAAAACUCUCUAUACCGAAGAAAUAACUAAAAUGAAAAUCAAACAAGAACGUGAAAUGGCCAUUGUGAAAUCUGAAAUGGAAGUUUUGAAAGCACAGAACUCCAAAUACGAGGAACAUACCCGCAAGCUAUCCAAUCAAAUUGUGCGCUUAAAUGAUAAUAUUUUACAGCAUCAAAAGGAAAAUACUAUAUUGUCGACGAAAUUGAAACAUAUUAUGGAUCAAUUACAUGAUAGUGAACGCAAUAAACGUCCCACUUCAAUACAUGUCUCGACCAUAUCAUCUUCUACAGCUCCGGCAGCUGGUAAUAAUAUUGGCACUAAUCUGGCGAUGGAAGAUGAAGAGGGUGAAGUGUUUAAUAAUACGUAUUUGACAGAUUUGAAAAAUGGCCGCAUGUCAGAGCUAAUGAGUCGAGAUGUUUGCGUUGAAGAACUCAAAUAUCGUAAUUCCCUGCUGCCACCCCACCUGAGAAGCACUUAUGCAGCCCAGUUUGAUCAUGAAUUCCCAGAAGAUGAUCUAAAAGAUGGUCCUCAUAGCUUAGACGAUAGCAUGAGUGCUUUACUUAGCACUACUGCAGGUGGCACACGUAAAAAAUGCACUGGUGUUACCCAUUACAAACGUCCCGGACCACCUACACCCAGUAAAAAUGGUGGUCGUUUAUCAUUCGGUGGUCUCUCUGAGCCUGGUAGAGAAAUUCUUAAAGAAUCUUAUGAUUCAAAUCCAGGUUCUGCGGUAUCAUCAUCGAAAACUCCGGCUCGUUUUAAUUUCUUUGCAUCACGCUUUAGCAUGGGCGCCACCGCCCGAGAUGAGAACACACCACCUAACAGAAGACGUUUGAGCAGUAUGUUCAAAAGGAAAUAGUUUGAAGUCAAUGAAUGUAAAACGUGUGCUUAGAAAUCCUGCCAGUACUUGUCCUGUUUAUUUUUGUAUAUCAUGUGAUUUUUGUCUUAGAAAUUAUAUUUGUAAAUCAUCACUGAGAAAUUGCACAAAGAAAUGUUGCUUACUAUAAAAUUGGCUGGUGAUUUGCAAAUUAUUUUAGUUACUAACUUAGUAUUUGUUUGUAUUUUAAAUUUAUAUUUAUACGUUUUGCUUUAAGUCAACAUUGUAAAUUGUUUUAAAAUUUACGCCAACAUUUUGUAUUAUUUUCUAUAUAAACAUAAUAAUGUUUUAUCCUUUUUCUAACUUUUAUUAAGAGUUUGUUUUUUGUAAUAAAAAUUUGUAUAAAAAGAAA